AACCGUAUAAGCAAGUGGUUUAAGGCUAAAACGCGAUUCAAUGCCAUCUCUGCAAAAGAAAUUGCUUGAUGAAGAAAGUCUUGCUGAAUCUCAGCCAAAGACAUGCUCGAGGAAGCCCGGAUGGAAAGCCAUGCCUUACAUUUUAGGUAAUGACACAAUUGAGAGGCUGGCAUCGUUUGGAAUGCAAGCAAAUUUUGUGGUUUAUUUGAUGAAAGUGUAUAACAUGGAUCAGGUGCUUUCUGCAUACAUUUUGAACACUUGGCUUGCUAUUUCCAAUAUCACUCCUCUAAUUGGAGCCUUUGUUGCUGAUGCCUACUUGGGAAAGUUUCACACGAUUGUUCUUUCAUCCUUUUCAAGUCUUGUGGGUAUGGUGAUAGUGAUGCUAACGGCUUGUGUGCCCCAAUUUCAUCCUGCACCAUGCUCAACUCAGCAACAACAAAAUGAUGAGUGCAUUGGCCAAACAAAUUUCCAAAUGGGUGUCUUAAUUUUUGGGUUGUUCUGGCUAUCUAUAGGCACAGGUGGAAUUAGGCCAUGCAGUAUUCCUUUUGCUGUUGACCAAUUUGAUUUGACCACUGCUGAAGGAAGACAAGGAAGUAGUAGCUUCUACACUUUGUACUACACCACACAGACACUGAUUCUGUUGAUCAACCAAACUCUAUUGGUUUAUAUUCAAGACUCUGUCAGUUGGACUCUUGGUUUUGCACUUCCCAGUGUGUUUAUGGUUAUUUCAAUUGUUUUCUUCGUUGCUGGUACUAAAGUUUAUUCCUAUGUUAAGCCUGAGGGAAGCAACUUUUCUAGCAUAGCUAAAGUGAUGGUUGCAGCACAACACAAGCGCCAUCUUCGUCUGCCUCCAGCUGACCACACACAAGGAGCAUUAUAUGAUCCUCUACUCGAGACCAAUGAUUCUGAAGUAAAAUUGCCCCUCACAGAUGACUAUAGGUGCUUAAACAAAGCAGCCAUUUUAGUAGAAAAUGAAUUGAACAAUGAUGGAUCACGCAAAGACCCUUGGAGACUUUGUACCGUCCAACAAGUUGAAGAGGUGAAAUGCUUACUUAAGAUCAUGCCGGUAUUCAUAACCAGCAUCAUAGUCAACAUUCCCAUAGGACAACAAGCAAUAUUUGCAGUAUCACAAGCCUUGAAAAUGGAUAGGAACUUGGGAGCUAAUUUUGAGAUACAUGCUGGCUCAGUAAACGUCAUAAUGAUGUUGUCAAUAGGUGUAUUCCUCCCAAUCUAUGAUGAAAUAAUUGCUCCUGCCCUAGAAAAGUUCACCAAGCAAGAAAGGGGACUAACAACCCUUCAAAGGAUUGGACUUGGUCACGCUUGUGGAAUUCUAUCGAUGGUGGUUUCAGGGGUGGUGGAGAUCAAGAGAAGGGAAUUGGCCAUUUCAAAGGGUGCAUCUGAUGGGGUUGCACCCAUGUCAGUGUUGUGGCUAACUCCUCAGUUCAUGCUCUUGGCAUUUUGUCAUGUGUUUGCAACUGUUGGCCACACUGAGUUUUUCAACGCUGAGUCCCCUGAUGGCUUGAAAAGUAUUGCCAAUGCAUUGCUAUGUCUCAAUAUUUCAGCUGCUAGUAACUUGAGCAGCUUCAUAGUAAACAUUGUGCAUUCCUACACUGGGAAACAAGGUCAACCAGAUUGGCUUGAUGGUGACAUCAACAAGGGCAGAUUGGAGAACUUCUAUUUCAUUGUUGCGGCAUUGGGAGUGUUGAAUUUGUGCUAUUUCAUAUUUUGUUCCCGUCGCUACCAUUAUAAGGUCACUGUGAAGGCCUGAAAACAGUUUAAAUAUUUAUUGAUUAUCUCACAAUUAAUAUGCUUCAGAAUGGCACCUGUACAUU